GUUAGAAGCAGGACAAAAGAAGUUGUAUACAUCGCUCAAUAAUAUUUAUAUACAUGCAUUCAUAUUUUGGAAGGUGUUAGGGGGAAAAAAACAACACCAGUGACUCUGCAUGGACUUGGCAGUCUGCGUAUGGAGCCCCCUUUGAGCAAGAGGAAUCCGACUCUAAGAUUAGCGGAUUUGGCAGCGCCUCAUCCCCUUUCUCAUCAGAAUAUGACAGGCCUCCCAGGGAUAGGGGGGCAUCACCCUCAGUCCCACCAUGCGCACCUCCACCCUGGGGAGAUGGGCAACGACCCCGGAGUGACACACACUCCGUUCGGACCCGAGCACAUGGCACAGACAAAUGCGCUCAAACUUAGCCCAUCUCAGCACAGUCAAAGCCACCCCGAAGCCCACACGGCGGUAUCUUUCACUUCUUCUCAGACCACAGUUGGUUUCCCCGUGGCUCACCCCCACUCAGGCUACGCCACCAGCAGAGACUACAUGCUCAGGAGAGAGCUCUCAGCCACUGCUAUGCAAGCGCUUGGCCACCAGCAUAGUUCCGCCUCCUCCCCUCAUCACCAUGGCAUGUUCCUUUCCCCAACAGGUGCUUAUGGGCACGCGGAAGGUGGUACCCAUCCACUUUUUCCUGGACUUCAAGACCAAGCGGCCCCUGGUUCCCACCAGCAUGCUCUCAAUGGGCAGAUGCGUUUGGCUCUUCCGGGGGACAUUUAUGGCAGGACAGAACACUUCGGCCACAGGCCCGAGCACUACGGAGCUUCUCCUCUCCACAGCUACAGCUCCAUGAACUUAAAUGUGAACAUUGCUUCAGCUCCUCACGCCGCCGCAGGGGCGUUUUUGAGGUACAUGAGGCAGCCCAUCAAGCAAGAGUUAAUCUGCAAAUGGAUCGACCAGGAACAAACUUCAAAGAAGCCCUGCUCAAAAACUUUCAGCACCAUGCACGAACUAGUUAACCAUGUCACGGUGGAGCACGUCGGGGGACCGGAGCAGAGCGUUCACGUUUGUUUCUGGGAGGAAUGUCCGCGAGAAGGGAAGGCUUUUAAGGCGAAGUACAAACUGAUAAACCACAUCCGAGUUCACACGGGAGAAAAGCCAUUCCCGUGUCCGUUCCCUGGCUGCGGGAAAGUGUUCGCUCGCUCGGAGAACCUCAAGAUCCACAAAAGGACACACACAGGGGAGAAGCCAUUUAAAUGUGAAUUUGUUGGAUGUGACAGAAAGUUUGCCAACAGCAGCGACAGGAAGAAGCACUCUCACGUCCACACGAGCGAUAAGCCUUACUACUGCAAAGUAAGAGGCUGCGACAAGUCGUACACUCAUCCCAGCUCCUUGAGAAAGCACAUGAAAGUUCACUGCAAGUCGCCCCCGCCGCCCUCUGCCAACAGUGAGCCCUCGUACCACUCCUCCUUGCCCGCGACUCACGGGGCCCCCCUCUCCCCGACGUCUGGCGCUCACCGGAGCCAUUUGGCGAACCGCUCCGUCGCCAACCUCAACGAGUGGUACGUGUGCCAAGGGAGCGCCGGGCCCAACAAUCUUCACACCCCUUCCAGCGACGCGCCAACAUCUGACUCAGAGGACGAGGAUUCUUUCAGGAACUUAGACCCAAGAGCAAUGCUCUGAAAUCUGAAAAUGUGACCGCAGAUGCAACCACAAUAUUUCCGCUGGUUGGUAAAAACACAAAAAAUGCAGAGAAUAUAAAUAUAACAAUAUCUGUUUUUGGCAAUGCAACAGGAAACACUGUCACAGAUGUCCAAUGAUGAAGGACAACAGCCUUUGAAAUACUUUCUUCUUCUCAUUUAAGAAAAGCUUUACAAUAUGAUAAUGAAGGCAGUCCCCAUAAAACAUUAUACUUUAAUAGGAAACUAUCCUCAUUAUCCAAGAGGAGAUUUAUAGAUCAAUUUCAGCACAUCAGUAAAAGCCAAAAGAUUCUGGACAGCAUAACAAAUACCAUCAGGGGAUUUCCUCAUAUAUCAAACUUUACAGAUCAACACACACACACACACACACACAGACAUACAUUCAGUGCACAUGCAUGGUAUCCUCUCUGUGACAUGAUUAAGUCAUCACCAGUUAAGUAUAUGAUGACGAUAUGAUCUAUGUGCACCAUAUGAUCUCAUAAAAAUCACCACCCCUCAACAUUUGACCUAUUCCCAUCUGAACUGUAUUAGCACAACAAGCUGGUAGAAUACUCAGUCCCAGUGAAGAUCUUUCCAUAAAUAAUGUACAUGAC